CACUAUUAUCGCUCUAUCUCCCAGUUUAUGAAGCACUUUGAAGGAGGUGAUUUUAGGUUAUCUGAUUUGAAAAAAUAUGAAUUUUACCCAAAAAGUCGCGAAGCUUAAGCUAUCUUUAGUGAUAACUAGACGAAUUUGCAAACACUACAGCACCGUAAAACUGCCCCACAGUGAUAUCAGCAAGAUUCGCAACAUUGGGAUUAGUGCACAUAUAGAUGCCGGCAAAACCACCACAACUGAGCGAAUGCUCUUCUACUCAGGCCUGAUCGACCAUAUGGGCGAAGUGCACGAUGGCAACACUUUUACCGACUUCAUGGAUCAGGAGCGUGAGCGCGGCAUCACAAUCACCUCGGCAGCAGUGACGUUUUUCUGGAAAAACCAUCAAUUCAACCUCAUUGAUACGCCUGGCCACAUCGACUUCACGAUGGAAGUGGAACAGACGCUAAAUGUCCUCGAUGGGGUUGUGAUGAUUCUUGAUGGUUCUGCAGGCGUUGAAGCCCAAACGUUGACUGUUUGGAGGCAGGCAGACCGCUAUAAUUUGCCCAGGAUUAUCUACGUGAAUAAAAUGGAUAGAGCGGACAGUGACAUCCACAUGUGCUGUAGUUCUAUUGAAAAAAAGUUCGACUUGGCUGCUCUUCUUCUGCAACUGCCUGCAAGAGCUGGGGGCAAAUUGACUGGCGUUGUAGACGUGCUGUCCCUGGAAUUAUUUCAAUAUGGAAACAGCAGGGCUAAGGGAGUGUCCGUAGUGGACCUGAGCGAGGAAACACAUCCGCAGCUCUUUGCCGAUGCCCAACAAGCGCGCGUCAGGCUAAUAGAGCAACUGACUGAGCACGACGACGAGCUGGCCAAUAAAGUAAUCGCAUCAGAAUCCUUUGAAACCGUGUCUAGUCAAGAAAUAAUCAAGGCUCUUCAGAAGGUCACGCAAGACCGAGUAGCCGUCCCAGUGGUUUUGGGCAGUUCCUACAAAAACAUCGGCGUCCAGAACUUAAUGGACGCAGUCAUUCACUACUUACCAACGCCGCAGCGCAGCUCAAAAAUAUUUUCCGCCUUUGAAGAUGCGUUUUGCGGGCGAGCCUUCAAAGUGAAGCACGACAAGCAAAAGGGCCCCUUAGUGUUCGUGCGGCUGUACAACGGCUCAAUUCGCAAAGGACAGAAAAUUUUCAGCGUCCAAAGAAGCGAAUCGGAGCAAGUGGGCCGCCUUUACGUCGCUUAUGCCGACGACUUCCAGGAGGUGGAAUCGUUGGGUAGUGGCAAUAUUGCUGUGCUAUCCGGUCUGAAGAAAACUUUGUCUGGGGAUUUGGUGACAACUUCCCAAACCGCCUACGAUCGGGCUGGCAAAAACGUGCUGAAAGCCCAGAAAAAAUCAGACGCACCCCUUCAAGUGAGUGCGGACUCUCUUUUUGGAGUGGGGGCCCGGAUUCCGGAGCCAGUGUUCUUCUGUUCCAUCGAGCCCCCUUCCAUGUCCAGUCAACAGGCUCUGGAUCAGGCCUUGACUGAGCUGCAGCGCGAAGAUCCCAGCUUGCGGGUGUCGUAUAAUGCGGAAACUGGCCAGACUGUACUGGCAGGCAUGGGCGAACUGCACUUGGAAAUAAUCCGCGAUCGCAUCCUAAAAGAGUACAAAGUGGACGCGGAUUUGGGGCCACUGCAAAUCGCAUAUCGCGAAGCUCCAUUGGAUUCGGUUACCGAAUCCACCACGGUGGACAUCAAGAUCGGAAGCCACAAAAAUCACGUGCUGGUCAAAAUGUCCUUAAUUCCCACUGUGAAUUACACUAGCGAGGAUUUACUGAAAUUUGACAAAAAUGCUGAUAAUGCCAGCAAUAUUUCGGCCAUUUAUCCCAAACAUUUACAGGCAAUACGGCAAGGAGUGACUGUUGGUUUGGCGCAAGGACCGAAAAUCAACUCGCAGGUGAUCAACACUCAUGUUAUGUUGCAUUGGUUUGAAGUCGGCCGCGGAACCUCUGAGACAAUCAUCGCCUCCACAGUGACCCAGUUGGUUCAGAAGCUAGUGAAGCUGUCGGGAACGAGAAUUUUAGAACCAGUAAUGGCUUUGGAAAUUGUCACGCCUCCUGAGCAUCUUUCGUCGAUUAUGGCGGAUUUGUCGCGCAGAAGAACCAAUAUUAACAGUGUGACAAUGAGAGGGAAAGCCCAAGUAGUGACUGCUUCGGUUCCUCUAGCUGAACUGCUGGGUUAUUCGAGUGAUUUGAGGAUUAUCAGCUCGGGAACUGCGAUGUUCACCACCGAGUUUGAGGAGUAUCGCCGAAUGUCUUCUUCGGACGAAGAGGAAGCCAUUAGGAGCGUUCGAGGGUUUUAACAUUCAAGCAUGUGGACCUUGAUUGUAUGCCUCCAUUUCAAUCCUGCAGCGGAAAGCCUGGAUUUUAUCUAAAGUGCUUUUAAUUAAGUACCUAACUGAAUGGAUUAAACAUUUGUUUGAUAUAACUGAA